AUGUUCUUGAAUCCUGCAUUCAAGGUCCUAGAUGGAGGUGAAGAUGACGACGGUGAUGACUUCGCCGUCCAGGUUCCCUGUCCCAAAGGAGCAACCUGCCUGGCUUCCUUCCUGGACCCAGCCAAGAAAUGGACUGUCGUGCUGGUGGGCGGCGAGGCGAUCACCGCGUUGACGUACAAGGAGUACCGAUCACCGCACGGGGGCCCUGGCACGGUAAUUGAUGAGCUGAAAAAGAUCACUGACCUCAAGGAUCUGCAUCUCUCGCAGACCGGUGAGAACCUCCGUCUCUGGUACACCACAGCGGCCGACGCGGUGCAUUACUACACCACCACGACCACGGCUCUCUCCAAGGGCGUGGUAAUCCCACUGCUGGCGAAAGGGCUAGGGGGCCGGAUCUCCAGUCUGCUGUCCAGUAGGCCAGCCGACGGGGGUAGCAGGCUUUUGGUCAGUAGUCUGCUGUCCGUGGAUGAGCAUGGAAACCUGUUGUUGCUGCAGCAGGACCCCAUCUCCCAGGCGUGGCAACAGUACCCGUUCUGGCAUGCCUCGGUGGAGACUGUGACUCCAGUGACCGGAAUCAUGGUCCGCCUGCAUGCGACAGUGGUGAAUGACGGCGAUGGGGAUUCCGCAGACCUCCUCCCGGGCUGCUGGCUGCGCGUCAGCUGUUCCGGCGUGGUUCGGUGCAUUAUUAACGGCUGUCAUACCACUCUUUCGCCAACGGCGGAGUGGCACCAAACUGAUGCCAAGGGGGUGUUGAAUAUCCUCCUGCAGACCGACGAUGCGACAAUUCACAAGUUCGCGGUCGAUGUCUAUCGUCCGGCGCGAGCACCAUCGAAGCCGAUGGCUACAGCGGCGGAAAGAAACCUGAUCGACCCGGUCCUGGAUCCGUCUCAAAAGGUGCUUCCUCGAAUCGAGGGAGUCAAAACACCGGACGAUGUCCAGAACCUGAAAAAGCCUGAUGGAAGCCCGUUGUUUGCAAAGCAGCUCGACCCUGAAGAUGCAAAAGGAGCGGUGACCGCAUUCAAGCAGUUAGUGGCCAGUGCGAAGGAUCUUAAUAACAAGGAUAAGGAUCGAGCGCAGGCGUAUCACGCAACCGUCGUUGCCCCAGAGAACCCCAACAAUUCCCCAGAUAUUCUCGUCCCUUUUGGGUUCUGGUCAGAUGUGGGGGACGCUUUCAACGGAAUGUGGCAUUGGCUGGGCGAUGUUGCCGACACUGUCUGGCACUGGAGUUGUGACCUUGUCGAUGGUGCGUGGAAGUUCAUCGUCCAUAUUGGCGAGGAGAUCUACGAGAUCACCCUGACGACCAUCACAUCAAUCGUGAAAGGCGUCAUCUGGGUCUUCAAAAAGAUCGGUGCUGUGAUUAAAGAUAUUAUUGAAUUCAUCAAUAUUCUGGCUACAACGGACAGUGUCGUCGCAGGGUUCAACGCCGCAUUAGAUUACGGAGAGGAGUUACUCACUGGAGCUGACCUCAACGUGCAUAAGUGGUUGGAGAAUAUUCGCACCACUAUCCUGCAAAAUCUCACUGAUCUCCAAGCCAAUGACUAUGAGCAAGCGCGGGUCGGCACGGAGAAGAAUGCAUCACAUCAGGAUGCCGCGGCCACAAAUGACGGGGGCGGCAACGUGGACCAGGGUGACGACGACGAAAUCAAGGCUGGAGUGACCUAUAACUGGUCCACGUACUGUUUCACCUAUGGUGGGGGACCGACAAAUGCGGUGUUGCACGACGAGACCACUCUCGUGGCGGCGGACAGCACCGAAGACCAGCUGGUGAAGCUGUGGGACGAUGUCCAAGACGAGGUCAAGAUCAUCAUGAGGACUCUGAUGGACGUGGCCAAGGACCUAGUUGAGUUUUUCAACCCCGCCAGCUUCAGCGUGCGGGAUGUGGUCAAUAAGCUGGAAAGCGACCUGAUCAACGGGAUGAUCGAUGCCUUGGAGCAGUUAGCUGACAUCCUGUUCGAUGCCCUGAAGCUGGGCAUCGGCAUGAUCCGCGAUCUGGCUACCAAAGAGGUCGAUAUUCCCGUGGUUACGUGGCUGUGGAAAAACGUGAUCGCCCGCGGACGACCCUUGACACUGCUGAAUUUCUGCGCACUGUUAAUCGCCAUUCCCACCACGGUGCUGUAUAAAGCCAAGAAGAAGUGUGCGCCCCCGAAGUUGCACGGGAGGUUGACGAAGAGCACCUUUGCCCAGUAUGUUCAGGGUCAGGGAGACGCAUCGCUCGCGUCGGAUAUCCUGGGGUUCAGUCGUGCCGCGGGGUCAAGCGUGGUCCUAGUGGGGGGCGAGUUCGACAUGCUUUCGCUGGGGGUCGAUGGCGUCUUCGAGGGGAUUGGGCUGGAAACAGUUCCGAUUGGACCUAUCGACAGUUUGAUGAAUGUGUUGGAUUCGGCGUCGCUCACCUUCGAAACCGUGGGAGGAUUCUCGACCUGGCCAGUCGGGGAAACCCCGGCCGCUUUAUCUGGAGUGACCACCACCGCGCUGGGCACCAGGGAUGCUAUCAAAUAUGCGGGGUGGGUCCUCGCAGGGGCUGAUCUCUUCGCCGGCACAGUCGUUAAGAUCGUGGGCAAGAAGAAGAACUUGGAACGACCGGUGAUCAAACGAUGGAAGGGAACAAUCAGUGCUGUCCUGUCGGUUCCAACCCUCUGUCUUUCCCUGACGGGAGAUAUAAUGGAUGCCAGUCAAGACAGCAAAAAGGAAGUCCUAAUUGUGGAUGGAUUCAUAGAAACAGUAGCCUCGUUUGGUGCAACUUGGGGAAAAUCGGUGGCAAGGUGGAACGACGAGUUCGAGAAUGAACUCAUGUAUAUGGGGUUGGCCGUCUACCAGUUUUGUACCCUGGUCAAUUAUGGCUUGAAGAUGGCUGAUUUUGUGGUUGAAGAACUGGACUGA